AUGGACUGGACAGGAGGAGUUCGCAAACGCUUCGCCGGCGGCAAGAACAACUCCAACACGUUUAAGCAAAAGCAGCACUUCGCGAAAGCUAGGGCGACACUCCAAUAUACGCCCAGCUCAUACCGUACAUUCAAACCCACUUACCCAGCGCCUGAGUCAGAUGGUGAAAGGCGCCGUCAGUAUCUUCACGAGGAGGCAAAAUCGAAACGCCACUCUACGCACGCCACCGGUCGAGGCCAUACCAGUCGGCCAUCAAGAGGAGACCACGACAAUCACCCGAAGCAACCCGGAGCUCAUGUUGAUAAGGUCUCAAAGCGGCAGUCACAUGAUGACCACAGUCCUAGUAUAGACAUCGGUACUCUCGACGACGACAAGAACGACGAAGAACUUCAACUUCUUGCUAGCCGCCAUGGUCUCCUUGCACGCCGCGACUGGCUUGGCUUGUCAUUUGCUCGCCCGCUACGCAUGGAUUACGCUUCUUCAACGAAUCGCGACCACGUUGGCAAGAGACGCAAAGUCCGAAAAGCACAUCGUAGCCUGAGACCGCCAAGCAGGCGACUGCUAACACCGUUAUUCGAGGAGCGUCAGUUGCGGCCCGACUAUGUCAUGAGUGGUGCGCUUAGGGACGAUCAUAUCAUUGUCAAAAUAGGCACCGAAGCUCUGGCCAGCCAGACACAGCCCUCUCGUCGCUCUCGCACCCCCAUGAACACUAGUAUGCGUCCCCCAUCCACGAAUUUCGCCUCACUUUCCGAGGAGUCGAUGCUACUGGGGGCGGCUGGAGAUGAGUCGGAAGCCGGGAGAAGCAUACGCAAUGACGAUCAUCAGCCGAGUGGGAGUGGAGAGGCUUUGCAGGCUCCCCGAAAUGCUGCGCGGCCACAACAACUCGUGGCGGACACAGCGCAAAUGUGUCGGAGAACGACGAUGGACCCGCUGCCCAGCGAAAACGAUGAUUCUAUGAGCUCUCGUGAGUUACCUGAUAAGCGGAUGCCUAUACAAGCUCCGCCAGCAGAUGUAUGGGUUGAUCAUUCGACAAAUCCUGCCUCAGUACUCAAAACCCACAUCUCGCAGUCGAAUGCCAGAAUCGCGAAUCUCAAUGAACCUUUCGACCAGAUUCAGAAGCUACCGACCUCGGAAUCUAAUGAUAGGCAGUGGCGUCAGAUGAUGCACAUUGCGCCAUACACAUCAAGCCAUGUCUCACUUGCUCGUGUCAAAUCAUCAGGUGACCAUCUAGCGACAUAUAGUAGCAGUCCCCGCCCAGCGUUACGGCGGGCAGUCUCACAAGUAGUCAACACGGGGUCUAAAACGAGAGAAGAUGAGUUCCCGAACAGAGCGGUCGCUACUGACGCACCCAAAAGACUGCCGUCUAAUGUUAUCGAUCUUCCAACACCAUCACUACAAGAAGGUAGAUCAUCCAGCCUAGCUGAGGAUGCCAAGGACGAGGCCUUCUGGCGACGGUUCAUCAUUGGAAGCGAAAAGUCCUCGGAUUUGCUGAAAGGCCUGAUUGAUGGAGCGAAGCCGAGAUCAGACUCCGACAUCGUACUCGCUGCAAAUGCCUCCUCCUCUCUAGCCACGAGCGGGAUUGGCACAUCGAACAACGCGACUGCUGGCGGCACAUUAUUCGAGACGCAGACGACGAGCGACGACUACCUUCGUGAGCACGCUGCGCAAGCAAGAGUGCACCACGAAGCCAUUGAGUCCGUCCGGCCCGUUUCCGAGCACGACAGCAUCGAGGAGAAGCAUGACUUCCUCAAGCCUGUGAAGCAACCAGUCAACAUAAAUGCUACAUCAAAUCGAAUGGUAAAUUCAUGCCACUACAGUAGGAGACGAAAUACUGCAGUCGCCGCAGAGCCUACCACGCGCCACAAUUAUCGCUUAGUUGGCGGAGGAAAGACGAAGCGAAAGCGUCCUCGUGCCCACCACGAAAUAUAUGACGUGCUGGACUCGGAUGGCAACAGCUUUGCUUGA